UUCUCGGGCGCCUUGUCCAGGCAACGAUGGUCUCCCUACUGGGGACCAGUGGACCGUUUUGUUGGUGUUUGGUGCUGGUGCUGUGUCUAAACCAACAACAAGAAGCAGCGGCUGCCGCCAAGUCGGACCUUAAUUUAAAAGUUGUUGAUGGUGAAAACGACCGGUGGCUCACAAGUACGCGAACGUUCUGGUGGAUUUUGACUGUGUUCUCGCUAUUGUAUCUUGUUUAUUAUGUAACAAAAGCCAUAUGGGCGUUUGUUUGCUGGAAACGGAAAGCCAACUUGAUAGGGAAAAUCCCGGGCCCGGCAUCGUUCCUGGUCCUCGGAAAUCUCAACGUACUGUUCGAGCUUCGUAAAUAUGAGAAGAUCAUAUCAACGCACACAUUGCUCCUUCAGACAAUGUGUGGCUUGGCGGAGAUCUACGACUCAGCGAGAAUUUUUCGGUUCUGGCUAGGAGCCCGACCGGUGGUCGCGUUCUUCAAACCAGAAACGGUCGAAGUUCUACUGAACAGUAAUAAACACAUCGACAAAUCGUUCGACUACACACUGCUGCAUCCUUGGUUGGGGACGGGGCUCCUCACAAGCUGCGGCAGAAAAUGGCGCCCCCGCCGGAAGAUGCUCACACCAGCAUUCCACUUCAGGAUAUUAGAGGAUUUCGUUCCGAUUUUCAAUGAGCAAGCGCAGAUUUUCGCGUCGCUGCUGGAAAAACAUGUUAAUAGAAAUCCAGUCGACAUAGUACCAUUCAUCACGAACUGCACUCUUGAUAUCAUUUGCGAAACGGCAAUGGGUGUCAAGAUUGGAGCUCAAAGCAACUCAGAAUCUCACUACGUACGCGCGUUGUACGAAGUGGGGAAAACAUUCAUCUAUAGAGUUGUACGACCGUGGCUUUGGAUCCCGCUCGUAUUUCUGAUGACAACUAAAGGGCGACGUUUCGAAGACAAUCUCAGAGAUUUGCAUAAUUUCACACGAAAGGUGAUACAAGAACGUAAAGAAGAAAUCCAGAGCGAAACAUGGCUGGAAGGCAAAGAAGGGUUGAAGGAAACAGCAGACAUUCCCGACGCUAGUCACAUCGGAGCUAAAAAGCGAAAGGCGUUCCUGGAUCUCUUGCUCACCGAACAUUUGCAGAAAAAUUCAUUGUCUUUGGAGGAUAUCCGUGAAGAAGUCGAUACCUUCAUGUUCGAAGGCCACGACACAACUGCCAUGGGCAUUGCAUGGUCCCUCUAUUUGAUUGCCUUGCACCAGGAUGUCCAAGAUAAAAUCCAUGAUGAAUUGGACUUCAUUUUUGGCGAAGAUCGAGAGCGCGACCUCACGACAGAUGAUCUGAAAAACAUGAAAUAUUUGGAGUGCGCCAUCAAAGAAGCUCAGCGACUUUUCCCUUCUGUGCCCUUCAUCGGAAGGGAACUUAAAGAAGACGUAGUAGUCAAUGGAUUCACUGUGCCUAGAGGUACCACCUGUUUUGUCUUCACGUAUAUGUUGCACAGAGAUAAGCGGACGUUUCCGAACCCCGAAGCGUUUAUUCCUGAGAGAUUUCUACCAGAAAACUCUAUUGGACGUCAUCCUUUUUCGUACGUCCCCUUCUCAGCGGGGCCUCGAAAUUGUAUAGGGCAAAAAUUCGCCCUGAUGGAGGAGAAACUCGUUUGUGCCACGAUUCUCCGGCGCUAUCAGUUACAAGCAACUCAUCAUAGAGAUCACAUACGUUUGAAGCCUGAACUUGUCAUUCGGCCGGAAGAGGGUCUGCGUGUCCGGUUCAUCGACCGUUCUACGUCAAAAUGA